CCACGAAAUAAAGUAGCCAUCUAUAGUUGGGCCUACAUACUUAUAUAAAAACUUUUUGCAAUGCUAAUACCUGGCAUUCGAACGUAGGUAUGAUCAAGUUUAAGAAAAAUAUACAUUAGAUGUCACUUACAACAUAAAAAUAAAUAUGCCGAGAAUAAAUCCAAAUAUUCAUAAAUUAAUUAUAGUCACCUAUUGCACAGAAAAAGGAAUUUCGAUGCGACAACUCGCAAAACGGUUCAAAAUAUCUAAGGAUGGUGUGCGAAAAGUUAUAAAAAAGUUUGGGGAAUAUAAUAUACUAGGGGAUCUGCCAGGCCGAGGUCGCAAAAAAGGCUGCGUGAAGCCGCAAUUGGACGCAGCAAUAGUUGCGGCGUUCCGUCGAAAUCCAUCGGCCUCUACCCGGGAUGUAGCCAAAAAGUUAAAGACUUCGGUUGGGAACGUGCAAAACGCUAAAAGAAAAAAUUAUUUACAGACUAGGAAGAAACAGAAAAUCCCAAAAAGGACUCCCGCCCAGCUCGAAAGAGCGAAAUCUCGAGCUAAACUUUUGAGCAAAUUUUUAAUUCAAAAUAGCGGCCGGUGCAUUUUAAUGGAUGACGAGACAUAUGUAAAAAAAGAUAUGAAAACCUUACCAGGGCCUCAGUUUUAUACGUGUGCGGCUAGCGAGGAUAUUCCAGAAAAGCACAAGUGCGUGGCUUUUGAGAAAUUCGCCCCCAAGAUACUAGUAUGGCAAGCUAUAUGCUCUUGCGGGUUAAAGAGUUCGAGCUUUUUUACUACCGGCACAAUCAACGGUGAUGUUUACCGACAGGAGUGCAUCAAAAAGCGUAUUUUGCCUUUAUAUAGGAGACAUGCACUUCCGCCAAUAUUUUGGCCUGAUUUAGCAUCUGCUCAUUACGCUAAAGCCACCUUAAAUUUGCUUGAUGCCGAGAACGUUAGUUAUAUUGCGAAAAUCAUGAACCCGCCAAAUUGCCCAGAACUCCGCCCGAUUGAAAGGUAUUGGGCAAACAUCAAGCGAUACCUGCUCAAGAAAGGUGCAGUGGCCGACAAUGAAGCUGACUUUAAACAAAUUUGGAACGCAGCUGCUCAUAAAAAAGUAGUCGUGGCUGUAUUUUUCGAUUUUCGGAAGGCAUUUGACACCUUGGAAACUAAUACACUUAUCGAUGCCAUGAGGGAGUGCGGGGUGGGCGAGCCACUGAGCCAGUGGUUCAGUGACUAUCUCACCGCGCGCUCCUACCGCGUGAAGGUGGGAUCGAUGGUGGGCGACGAGCAGGCAGUGCGGUGUGGGGUGCCGCAGGGCUCGGGCUGCGGUCCCAUGUGCUACUUGCUGCACGUGAACAGCCUGUGCGGAGUGCUGCGGCACUGCUCGCCGCACAUGUUCGCCGACGACCUGUGCGUGCUGCGCACCGGCGCCGCCGACGACCUCGCUGGCGUCUGCCGCGCGGUGCAGCAGGACGUCGACGCCGUACUCAAGUGGUCGCACGAUAAUGGCAUACAGAAACGUCUUUAA